AUGAAUUCUUCUACCGUGAAUGUCACAAACAGAGCAUUUACUUUAACUACUGCUGGCUUGACUGUACAGCUCACCGUUUUCUCCAUAACAUUUAUUCUGGGAAUCGUCGGGAACAAUUUGUUGGUGGCGACAGUCUGCAAGAGACCGGCCUUACACAGAGUCACGUACUACCUGAUUUCCGCUCUUGCCAUCGAGGACCUUCUCACGCUGAUAACUUACGGAGUUUUUAUUCCACAAGCUUUAGUGCUAGGUGAUUGGUUUCUGGGGGAUUUUGCUUGUUUGGUCAACAGUUUCCUGACUGUGCUGUGUGGAUAUUGCGAGCUCUAUUUGUUAGCAGUGAUAAGUCUGGAUCGGUAUAUCGCCUGCUGCAGACCACUUCGGUAUUCUGAUGCGGUUACUCCACGUCGCUGUGCAGUUGCCAUCGCUUUGUGUUGGAUAUUUGCUUUGGCUUUAACCUCAUUUUUGAUCAUUGAAUGUAAAUUUUAUGGAGGUAUAUGUAUAUAUAUAAGCUUGGGGUUUUACGUAUUCAUGAUUUCUGCUGUUUGA